AUGUUUGAACUUCUCCAAGACUACGUCUCGCUCCCAAGCGUCUCCUGGACGAGCGCACUCGCCGUCGGCGCUCUGGGCGUCGUCAUCUUCUCGUCGGUGGACUUUGUCUGGAUGAUUCUCCGUCCACGGUUCUCUCCAAUGCGCGCUCUCAAAGGUCCCUCAGGCGGCUCGUUAUUCUUUGGUCAUCUAAAACUUGCUGGAAAUCAGCAACCAGUAGGUGCUUGGCACAGAGCGCAGCUCAAGAAGUAUGGCCACGUAUUGUGCUACAAGGGUUUCAUGAACCAAGAUCGUCUGUUGACUACCGACUUGAAGGCCAUCCAGCACAUACUCACCAAUUCUGCAAUCUACCACAAGCCAUAUGAAGCUCGCUACAGCCUGAGCAGGCUCCUUGGUCGUGGUCUCUUAUUUGCUGAGGGAAACGAGCACAGACGUCAAAGACGUAUUAUGGCAAGUACAUUCCUAGCGGACAUUAUGAACCUCUCUGAUAUGCCCCAGAACCCGGCCUUCGGAACCCUGAAUAUUCGUGAUAUGACCGAAAUUUUCCUAUCCAAAUCGGCAGAGUUAUGUGCGGCCAUGAGCAAAUCCAUUGGAAAAACACCCGGUGUCGAGCAGACGCGACUGAAUAUGCUCGAGUACCUCUCUAGUACAACGCUCGACAUCAUCGGCCUUGCGGGGUUCCACUAUAGGUUCAAUUCUAUCAAGCACCUCGCCGAGAACCAACGCGACGACAACGAGCUCGCGGUCGCAUUCUCCCAAAUCUUCUCCGUCAUGACGAGACAUCCGUUGAUCGGCUUUCUCAAGGAUCGAAAAGAAAAGCAACAAGACAAUUCAGGACAUUGGUCACCAGCUCAUGCAAGAAAAAAGGCUGCGCUUCUCUCGUCGGGUGGCAAAGCGCAGUCAAAGGACUUGUUGACGUUGCUCAUCAAGGCAAAUUUGACAGAGGCAAACGACGGCACUUCUAUCGACAGGAGCAUGACAGAUGAAGAAGUCAUGAACCAGAUUCCUACGUUUUUGGUCGCUGGCCACGAGACAACGUCAACUGCGACAACAUGGGCUCUUUACACACUCUCCACAAGGAAAGAUAUCCAAAACAAGCUUCGAGAUGAGCUUUCGGCGUUUCCGCAUGAUGCACCGACGAUGGACGAAUUGAACAGCUUGCCGUACCUUGACCGCUUCGUACGUGAGGCAUUACGGUAUCAUUCAGUAGUAUCUGGUACUGUCAGAGUUGCCGUUGAAGAUGAUAUAAUUCCCCUCGACAAGCCGUUCGAGGAUCGGUUUGGCAAGCUGCACUCUGAAAUUGUGGUGAAGAAGGGAGACACUAUGAUGAUUCCAAUCCGUGUCAUCAAUACACUUGAAGAGAUUUGGGGUCCCGAUGCCGAAGAGUUCAACCCAGAUAGAUGGAUCGAUCCACCGGAACAAUCUGGCGCAAUUCCCAGUUCAUGGGGAAACCAGCUCUCCUUCCUGGGAGGCCCGAGAUCCUGCAUUGGAUUCCGGUUUGCUGUCGUUGAAAUGAAGGCUCUUCUUUUCCUACUAGUACGUUCAUUCGAAUUCGAACUCGGAGUACCUGCCGAUGAGAUUAUCGGAAGCGUUGCUAUUGUUACCCGUCCGACACUCAAGUCGAACCCUGGAGCCGGAGGGCAGAUGCCUAUUUGGGUUCGAAGACUGAACCACUAUUGGCUCUUCUAG